AUGGCGACAAUGGCAGGGCGUCUUGUUGCCCGGACGUCCACGUCCAAGCGCCAGCAGCUCAGCUUUGCUGUUCUCCUCCUUGUCCUCUUCCAGAGCUCGUGCUGGUGCUGCUACGCGGCGACGGUGGGUUACAGUUACAGCGAGCAGGAGGGCGACCGGGUGGCGUUGCUCCCCGGGCAGCCGAGGAGCCCUCCGGUGUCGCAGUUCGCCGGGUACGUCACCGUGAACGAGCACAACGGGAGGGCGCUCUUCUACUGGUUCUUUGAGGCUCAGACGUCGCCCGCGCACAAGCCUCUCCUGCUCUGGCUCAAUGGAGGACCUGGUUGCUCAUCAGUUGGGUACGGAGCUGCUUCUGAGUUGGGGCCUCUCAGAGUCACUAAACACGGGGCAGGGCUUGAGCUCAACAAUUUUGCGUGGAACAGAGAGGCCAACUUGCUCUUCCUGGAGUCACCUGUUGGGGUUGGCUUCUCCUACACCAACACAUCCUCUGACCUCACCAAACUGGAUGAUGCUUUCGUAGCUGAAGAUGCAUACAGCUUCCUAGUAAAUUGGCUCAAGAGGUAUCCGCAGUACGAGGGCCGCGAAUUUUAUAUCUCCGGGGAGAGCUAUGCAGGUCACUAUGUGCCACAACUUGCUGAACUUGUCUAUGACAGGAACAAAGGCAAGACCAACACAUACAUCAACCUUAAAGGUUUCAUGGUCGGUAAUCCACUAACUGACGAUUACUACGACUCGAAGGGGCUGGCUGAAUAUGCUUGGAGCCACUCAGUAGUGUCAGAUGAAGUUUACGAUCGCAUCAAGAAGGUCUGUGAUUUCAGGAUCUCAAACUGGACCGAUGAUUGUGAUAAAGCCAUGAACACUGUGUUCAGCCAGUACCAAGAGAUUGACAUUUACAACAUCUACGCGCCCAGAUGCAAUCUUCCUCCGUCAUCAGCUGCACUUGCUGUUGAUCAAGAAUUCGUAGCUAACGAUCAGGAACAUUUCAGGAGAAGGAUUAGGAUGUUCUCGGGAUAUGACCCAUGCUAUUCUUCGUAUGCUGAAAAGUACUUCAAUAACGCAGAUGUGCAGAGAGCAUUCCAUGCAAAUGUCAGUGGAACUCGAAAAUGGCAAGUUUGCAGUGAUUCAAUUUUAAGGUCAUACAAUUUUUCGGUACUUUCCAUCUUACCAAUCUACUCUAAGCUUAUCAAAGCAGGAUUGAGGGUCUGGCUCUACAGUGGUGAUGCAGAUGGUAGGGUCCCAGUGAUCGGAUCGCGGUAUUGUGUGGAAGCCCUGGGCCUGCCUGUUAAGACACAGUGGCAACCUUGGUACCUGAACAAACAGGUCGCGGGAAGAUUUGUGGAGUACCAUGGCAUGACAAUGGUGACAAUCAGAGGAGCUGGUCAUUUGGUGCCCCUCAACAAACCUUCAGAAGGUCUCGCACUUAUCGACACAUUCCUUCAGGGCAAACAGCUUCCCACACACAGAUGA